AUGACAGAGGACGAGAGAGUCCCAGUCUGGCUGGACGCCGACCCUGGACACGACGACGUCUUCGCGAUUCUUCUCGCAGCAUAUCACCCAGGCAUUAAGCUUUUGGGCAUAUCGACAGUCUUCGGCAAUGCUCCGCUAGAGAAAGUAACCUGGAAUGCCACCAGCGUGCUCACAGCCAUUGGGCAGCACCAGAACAUCUCUAUCUACCCUGGUGCGUCGUCGCCGCUCCAGAGGCCGCGCCUGUCCGAGAACGCCGAGGACAUCCAUGGCGAGAGCGGCCUGGAUGGAACGUCCCUGCUGCCUGAGCCCCUCGUCCAACCACGGAAGGACGUCGCCGCCAUCGACGCCGCCGCCGCCGCCUUGCGGUCGUGCAAGCCCGGCACGGCGUGGGUUGUCGCAACGGGCAGUCUGACAAACGCUGCCAAGCUGUUCCAGACGUAUCCGGACUUGAUCGGUCAUGUCAAGGGACUGAGUCUCAUGGGGGGCGCGGUCGGAGAUGGCUUCACCAGCGCUGUGUACGGCAUUGUUGAUGGUAAGGCUCGCAUCGGAAACUGGACUCCAUGGGCCGAGUUCAACAUUGUCAUUGAUCCAGAAGCUUCCGCAUUCAUCUUCGACACCAAGGAACUCGCAGCCAAGACAACCAUCUUGCCUCUUGACACGACACAUCUUGUGCUCGCGAGGCAGGAUGUCCAAGAGCUACUUCUGUACGGGGCUGACAGGGUGUCCCUGAACGACUCGAAGACAGAGCCGGUCGAGACCACCGGGCCUAGGAUCGGCAAGACAGUUCUCCGAACGAUGCUGGUCGAGUUGUUGAUGUUCUUCGCGAAGACAUACAAAGACAUCUUUGGCAUCAUCGAGGGCCCUCCUCUACAUGACCCGCUGGCAGUCGCCGCCGUACUGACUGGCACUAAAUGGGAGAUUCCAUUUGACGAGUGCGACCCCAACUCAUCCUCGGACAACCCGAACAAGCGCGAGCGCUUCGCCGUCAAGGUCAUCACCGAAGGGACCCACGACGACGCUCUACACCGGGGAUCGCAGCUGGGCCGCACCAUCGCAACGUUGCUUCCGGCUGGAGAAGAAGGCGUGCGGAUACCGAGGGGUCUCGAUACCACUAAGUUUUGGCACGUGUUGGAGGAAUGUGUCCAGCGUGCUGAUGAAGCGAAUGCUGCCGCCGCGGCGUCGCGAAAUUAG